AUGGCCUCCCAAACACAAAUCGGGGACUCAGCCUCUGGUUCAUUUUUUGCGGAUAUCCUCAAGCCGGGCUCAUCGCUGCACCCCACAUUCCUUCUCAUCCUCGACCUUGCAUUCACCGCGCUUCUUUUCGUUUUCGCUGGCCUCGCCUUCAUCACAAAUGGCAACUUCCACGUUUUCGCUCUCAUUGCUAUAGAGCUAGGCCUAUGGGCUAGUGUCAAAUGGUUCGUUCAUGAGCUCAAAAGACUGGGGCCCCUUCCAGACACGACGGAAGCCUCACAGACGGGAGAGAGCAAGAAGGAUCUAUGA